ACAAUCUUUUCUUACUGUUUGCUAGUCAUGUUUAUACAUAGAGAGACAUUUCAUGCAGAUCACUGGUGGAUACAGAUGCAUAGAAAAUGCUCUACGUAAAAUCACUUCUAUAAUUAGGAAUAAUCCUUUGACCAAUGAGGUGCUUGCUGAAGCAAGAAUCAAACCAAGUUUUCCUUUAAAUAAAGAUACCGUUAGGAGUAAGUUCAUUACCCGCAAAAAAUCUUCCUUUCCUUUUGCAAGGGUUCCACCACAGAAUGCAGGGGUCUAUCAAGCUAAAAAGGUCACAGAAAAUGGGGAAUCACAUACGAAUUUAAUCGAGAAUGUGGAACCUGGCAGAGGAAACAUUGUUGCCACUGUGACAAACACUACCGUGGAGAUUAUAGUCUCAGAGCAUGUCUUUGGUUCUGUUUAUGGUGAGGAUGGCGGCAAUUUAGAUCGAAUUAGACAGAUUUCAGGUGCAGAUGUUACUGUAUUUGAUCCCAGCAGCACCGGUACAAGUGGAGGGAAGGUUGUGAUAUCUGGAACACCUGAUCAAACAUUUGCAGCUCAGAGUUUGCUUCAAGCUGAUGGAUAGAUGGCAAGCUGCAUUUCAUUUCAUUUUAAAGUUCUUCCUUCAAAACAGGAGGAGGUGCCAUUAGUGGUUGGUGUACAUAUCACACGUCUUGACGAGUCACCUUCAACUUGUGAAUAAUAUUAUCAUUAUAGACUGACUUUGUCACUUCAAAUGAUAUGAUGGUUACCUCCUGUAGACUAACAGACACAUUUUGUUAGAUUUUGGUUUCUGACGUUUUAUUAACUGUCUCCUUGAAAGGGCCGUGGAGCUCCCGUUGUACCGUUUAUCAGUACUAUCAUUUUGCUCCAACACCUAUUUAUAAAAGUUCAUCCUUUUCCUU